ACCUCCUCUUCGAUUGGUUCAAAUCCAUGAUUUACCAAAACUGGUGAAAUUGCCGCAAUGACUUUUUCAGUGUUCGACAAACACUUUGGGAGAAUUAUUCAUUCAUGACAGUCCAGAAUUGUCAUCUCUACCAGAGGAUAUGAAUCGUCUCAACUCUUUGAGGGAAUUGGUCCAAGAUUGCUGAUAUCCCAAACAUUCAAGUUGACGAAGAGAUUAUCAAGUCAACCGAAAAUUAGUUAUGACCGGAAAACUUGAAUCAGAUGUGUGAGUUUUCAAUCUCAUAAUUAAAUUCUUCCAUUUCCAUUGAAAUAGCCUAAUUUGGAACACAAAUUCCACUGAAUGACAGAAGGGGUUAUUUAUUUUAGUUCUUCAAUGUCUUCAAGUUUUUCAGGACUCAUGGAGAUUCAGCAGAAUGGGGCAGUUAGUAAAGCAUAUAUUCCUCUAUAGUGAACAAUUAUAGUUCAGCCUUUACCAGUGAAUAUAACUUCUCAUGAUGUGAUUUGUUUAAAUAAAUAUUUGUGAAUUUACAGAGUUUCAUGUUUAUGUUUUAAUUGUUUUAUGGUAACACAUAUUUAUUCCAAUAAAGUUUUAGAUUUUAUUUCUAUUUAUGUUUCGAUUAUCACAGUUUUUUUUUUUUUUCUUUUUAAUUUUCUCUUCCUCCUUGAUGUCAUCAUCUCAAGAUUUGAAAUAUAGUUUUUGCAUAUUCAUCUUUCUUAGUAAGAUAUAUGAUAUUUAAAACUCUUUGGUCAACUUUUAGAGCUUUGCAGACCCUUGAACAUGAAAUUCUAAAAAAUAACUUGGAAGUCAAACAUUGUUUUUAUUGUGUGUGUUGAUUAAAGAAAGAAACCAGCUUAGGGAUCCAUAAUAUCUUAGUUUUAAUAUCUGGGAUCCUAAAUUUUCUUAUUAAAAGAAGAAAAGAAAAAAUAGUUGUUGAAAUUCUGUUCUGCGAAGGAUUAGAUUACAGGGUGUUCAUAUUUGUGAUGCAAAACAAUGUCUUUAUGAUUGCCGGUAAUGUCCUUGGAUUGAGCUGUCUUCAGAGAAACUUGGCCUUUAAUAAAAGUGCUCCACACUAAUAUAAAAGUUUACAGACAAUGCUUCUCGGAAACAAGGGCCUAUCAGGAACCAUUCCUCAGCAGAAGGCUGUUUAUCUUAAAAAAAUGAAUCUAGUUGCCAGCAAUUUCAUGUUUGACAGCUCAAACAUCUGUAUUCUCCCCGGAUUGAAUUGUUUGCAGAGAAAUUUCCCCUGCAAUAAGAAUGCUCCGUGUUAUUCAAGUUUGGCAAUCAAGUGUGGUGGCGAAGAAAUGAAAGUUGAUAGCAUGGUGUAUAAGGCUGAUAACAAUGAUAUUGUUGGAGCUUCUUCUAAUCUACUUGAUGCAGAAAAACUGGCAAUUAGUGAUGCCGAUUUGUUUUCUGAUAGGCAAUAAACAGAUUCAACACACAUGUUCAAAAUACUAGCUCACCAAUGACUGGCAUUGCAGCCCCAAAGCCUUAACAGUCUUCAAGGCAAUCCCCUGAAUCACUUGGAUAUUAUGGGCUUUGUCUGGGAAAUGGAGCUUACAAUGUAAGCUUGUCCUUUGUUGAGGCAACCUUCUUGGUAAUCAAGGCUCACAAACAUGGAAGAGUCUUAGAAGGCUUGUUUUUACCAUCUAUGUUCAGGGAAACUUACUGGAGAAUUUUGGUUCUUGUCCUUGAAUACACAGCUUCUACCAUUGC